AUGUCUCUACCAACUAAAAGCCGAUCUGUCCUGAUCACUGGAUGCUCUCAAGGCGGGGCAGGAAAUGCCCUGGCAUUGGAGUUUGCGGCCCAGGGAGUAAGAGUAUUUGCAACUGCUCGUUCCCUCGAAUCGAUGAGCAAUCUUUCAGAAAGUGGAAUUGAGACUCUCGUUUUGGACGUUACCAUUCCAGAAAGUAUUUCGGCGUUGAAAGACGAAAUCACCAAACGCACUGGCGGGACUCUUGACAUCCUAUACAACAAUGCUGGCUCUAUGUACGAGGCUCCCGCCAUAGAAUCCGAUACCACGAAAGUGAGGAGUAUGUUCGACACAAAUGUAUUCGGUCUUUUCGAUGUAGUAACAGCUUUAACCCCUCUCCUGAUUUCUGCUACGGCUCGCAAUACAACUUACAAACCAACAAUCGUCAACGUAGCGUCGAUACUCGCACGACUUCCCUUUCCCUUCGCAUCCGCAUAUAAUGCGACAAAAGCUGCAGUGUCCGUUUACUCCGAUACAUUGCGGCUUGAACUGGACCCUCUUGGUAUCCGAGUCGUGACAGUUUUCAUGGGCGAAGUCUCUACCAAGCUUCGGUCGACAGAAAGUAUCAACUUCGGACCAGACAGUUUGUAUGUCGACGUCGAGCUUAAAGUCAAGGAGAGGACUGAGCAAAGCUCGAAAGUUUCUAUCUCACCAGCAGUUUUGGCCAAGCAGAUUGUUCCUAGCGUUCUCGGAACAAAGGAAGUGAGCUAUCUGUGGAAAGGGACAAAUGCCUUCAUUGUUUGGCUGCUCAAUACCAUAGGGCCAAGAAAGGUUUUUGAUUCGACUAUGAUGGGACCCGUGGGUUUUGAUGAUAAGAAUCAGGUGAAACGGAUAUUUGAACGUGGGCAGCGGAUGUUCGGGUAG